GACCGUGUCGCAGCCACGACCGUGGAUUACCAAGACGAGAAGCUGGAGAGCUCGGAGAUCUUGGGCCAAGACAUCACUGCCGAGGGCCUGGCCAGCAUCUGUCUCGGCAACGGCAUCGACAUCGACGCCCGCAUUGGCGCCGGCACCAACACCGACGACUGCAUCGACAGCCUCAUCAUCUCCUCGAGCAAUGGCAGCCAUCUCAACGGGGACGCGCCAGAGUUCAUUCUCAACGUGAUCACGAACAUCGUUGAGUCCACCGAGGACGACCGCUGGAGGCAACAGGGCUGGCCAUGCUGGACCACGCGUGCGUGCGGCACCACCAUCUUCCUCAAUGAUGGCGACAAGAACGAGAAGAGCUACGACUCGAACCUGCAGAGCGGCUUUGGGCACGCGCACGGCAACCCAGAGCGGG